AUAAAAUGUAUGCAUUCCAGGAAGGCACCUUUUAAAAAACCCGUGUACCCAAUAAAUGCACUCAAAAUAGACAUGAUUGUUCUUGUGUCAAACUUUGAUUUGUGGAAUAUAAAUUAAAAUUUUAAUUAGUGUACCUGAACACAUUGUUCGUUGUGGAUGGUUAUGUUUUUAAAUGGCCAUUUUUAAAACCUAUAUAAAUUGAAAUGACAAACACGAACAGUCCAGCAAAGAAGACAUUAUUAAGGUUUGGUGUUGUGGCUGAUCUUCAGUAUGCAAACAUUGAAGAUGGAUACAACUGGAAUGGAACCAGAAAACGUUACUACAGAUCAUCAUUAAGUCUUCUGCAGAAAGCAAUGAAGGACUGGAAACAAAAUGACGUCAAAUUUAUUCUUCAGCUUGGUGAUUUAAUUGAUGGAUUCUGUAAACGGACUGAAGAACCCAUUAAUUGUCUAAAUCGUAUUUUAGACAUAUUUGAUGAAGAACAAUGGCCGGUUUUAAAUGUUGUUGGUAACCAUGAACUAUACAAUUUUAAAAAAGAAAGCCUAUACAAAUCAAGGUUGUUCAGAAAUCUGCCAUCUUCCAACACAGCAUAUUAUACAUUAUCGCCAUAUCAAGGACUUAAAGUCUGUGUCUUGAACACUUAUGAAGUAUCAGUUCUCGGUGAAGUAGAGGGUUCAACUCAUUAUAAUACAGCUCAGUCCGUUUUGGAGGAACGAAACCCAAACAAAGAUAAAGAUGACACAUCAGGUCUGGAAUCGGAUGAUAGACGAUUUGUAGACUUUAAUGGGGCAGUUUCAAAAGAGCAGUUGGAAUGGUUGAGAAAAGAGCUGAUGUUAGCAACAGAACAAAAAGAAAAUGUUAUUGUCAUUGGCCAUAACCCAGUUUACUUACCUGCCGCAAACAGUGGUAGCAGUUUGAGUUGGAAUUAUAGUGAAAUAUUAAAAAUUCUGUCUGAAAUCUCUGUGGUCUGUUAUAUCAGCGGUCAUGAUCACAGGGGUGGUUAUUCAGUCGAUCAGAAUGGGAUACAUCAUAUAACAUUUCCGGGAGUUAUAGAACACCCAGACUCUUACGCUGUUGGCAUCUUGCUAGAGGAUUCACUGGUCAUUCAAGGAAGGGGAGAAAUGUUUGACGUGGAUUGUCCGUUAAAGUUUAAAUUGAAAUGUUGACUGAAAGUGUUUUUUAGAUUUUGAUUUUGUUUUUUUUUCAAAUUAUUGUGCAUUUCAUUUGAAAAAAAAUAUAUAUCAUAAGGAGUUGAUUUAACUAUCUAUUGUAAUUCAAACAAUGCCGGUUUAUUCAGUGUUUUUUUAUGUUUCACUAUUUCUGUUAUUCUACUAUAUGUUUAACAUAAAACUCUAAAGAGAAUAUUGUGCCAAGUACAUUUAUAGAUGACCCUUGACUUUGACCAUCGACGACAAGGUCAAACACUUUUCAGUUCAGUUUUGAGUUAUUGAGUUUGGAUCUUAUUGUUUCAUAGUAUAUUGAAGAAUGGUGAUUUGGACAGGAACAAAUUAAAAUGAACAAAUACAUCUUAACCAAUAUAUUGUAACAUUAUGUAUACACAAAUUGAAUAAAUUUGAGAAUCUAA